UCUCUCAUCCAAGCCAUUGGCCGCUCAACCAUCCUUUGCUUCAUUUUUCAAUCAUCAAUCUAAGUCCAAGCAAGAUGUUCUACCAAAAAUUGAUAAACCAGUUGUGUUCUAUCAAGGGGAGCCAGCCUUUUAUUUUACCAAUGAGGAGGUUAAAGAUUCUUGUCAGUCCUUGGAAUAUGCCUUGAUUGGCAAAUGGUCAUAUGGAAGACCUUCACUAGGGGUCAUCAAGGAGGUUAUUAGAUCCAAAUGGAAGUUGAGAGGAUAUUUUGAAGUUGGAUCUAUUGAUCAGAGGCAUAUCCUUCAGGAUUAUGUGAAAACUUGGCUUAAAAAUGCAACUUUGAUUGAAGAUUACCUGUUUAGAUUCUGCAAAUGGUUUUCUGGAUUUGUGCCUGGUAUUGAGCCUUCAAUUGUGUCUUUGUGGAUUUCUAUUGAAUUUUUUCAAGAAAUCAUAUUUGGAGUUGCUGGUAAAACCAAUAGGCAGAAUUUUGGCUUAUGAUCAAGCCACACUGUCAUUAUCUAGACCAGGUGUAGUGAGAGUUUGUGUGGAGGUUAAUCUCCAAGCUACUAAUCCACAUAGAAUUUGGAUUGAUAUGGGGGAUGAAGGAGCACGAUGGCAGAAAAUCAUCUAUGAGAGAAUAAAGAAGUUUUGUAAGAUAUGCAGAAAGCAAGGUCAUGGGGAGGAGGAAUGUCGCAAGAUGAAAUUAUCAAGUAUGCCAAAGAAUUCAGAACGUGAUCCUGCAGAUUUAAAAGAGUCCAAUAAAGAUAGAAGUCCUAAUGAUAAGAAUUCAGGAAUGCCUCCACAGCAGAGUGAGAAAGGAAAGAAGGAAGAUCAUUCCAGAAAGGAUAAUCUUUCAGCACCAUUACAGACUCAGAAUCAAGAAGAAGUGGUAUCUGUUCCAACGGUUUUAAUGGAGUCUUCAGGAAAAGAGAAUGCUGUGGGUUCUUUUAGUUUUCAAAAUGAUCAUGCAACAGAUUUGCAGUGUCAAUCAGGGCCAGUUCUGAAUUCAGUGCAAGACUCUCAGGUGCUUCACGCUGGAUUUCAUUUGGAAAAUUCAGCAACAGGAAAUACGUUCCCCAAGCAUCAUAUUAAUAAUCAGGGAGUGGAACCUGAUCUUGCCGCUGCAUCAGUUCAGCAGAAUUAUUUACAUGAUCUUCCUAAGGAGAUCGCAGGAGCUUCUAAGGGUUUGACUGAGGACAUUAUGCAACCACCUGCUGAUUGUUCAUUAGAUAGAGUAGAUAAGUGUGGCGUUGCUCAGUUGGAAGCCACAGCUGGUUCAGAGCUCUCUUCGCAGUCAUACUAUCAAUUGAAUAGGCAGUAG